AGAGGCUUCAUUUCAAAACGAGUCUAUAGACGUAUCGAACCUGAAAGUGUUGUGUACUUGAAGUCCAAUUUUUAUUUACUCAAAACUGAAGUUGACAGAAAUUGCAUUGAUUGCAUAGAGGAAAGAGGAGAAAAUAGGAGAAAAGUAAAAUACUAAAGUCAAUUUGAGAAGCAUUGGCUAUCAAACUCGCCUUGAAACAACUUUACAAAUCGCAAAGUGUAUUUUGUCGAGGCGAAAGCGAAAUAUAUGUAGUUCAAAAUAUUAAACCAAAUAUUUAUGUGGAUUCAGUUGAACACUUUGAAAUACGAAAUCGAGUAGCUGAAAGAAAGCAGAGAAGAGGUGGCGUAGGGGCUUACCUAAUCCCAACAAAAACUGAUUCAUUGGAUUUACGUCACUUUCUAGUUAUUUUUGUAUAAUUUCUUUUUUUUUUACUUUGAUUAUAAUUUGUAUACCUGUCUUGUUUUCGGCGCGUGGAGGAGUACAAUUGAGAGACAUUGAGACAGAGCAUUCGAGAGCUUACUUUGACCAGUUAAAGAAAGUGGUCGAAAGACGGAACUAGGCAAAUAGACAGUACCAGCCGGACGAAGAGGUCAAGCCUUACCUGCUUUUGUGUAUUUCAUUCGUACUUUGUUUGAACUCACGUCGUCGCAGCCAUCCGGUCGAUCGCGUGUGCACAUACAUAAUCUACAUUCAUAUUCGCCGGAUAUAACGCUUGAAGUGAUUGUGCAAGUAACCCACGAAACCAAAAUAGCUCCGUUAGCUACACAACGCAAUCACAGCGCAUUGAUUCGAAUACUCGUUGAUGAAAAAGAAAGUCGCACUUCAGUGAAAUUGUGCGAAUGAGGGAAAAAACGAAAUGAACAUUUGAAAAAACAGAUAAACAAGAUAAUAAAAUAUACAAUAGCGUAGAGGGCAUGAAAUACGUAAAAACCAAACUAAAGACACUAAAAAUAAAACUGCUGUAAAGACCAACGGCAGUAUUUCGCAGUUCAAUUUGUCGCGCAGCAUUUUCGGUGUUAUACAACUUGAACUUUUGUAAAGUAAUAUAUUUUGUGCGUUUUUUUUGAGAGUCACGCUCUUUUCUUAAUUGUUUAUUGGCGACCAACGCAGAAAACAAAAACAAACAUAAAAUCAAAAGCCCAAAAACAACUGUAAAUACCAACCAACCAGUAUAUCAGCGAAAAAAAAUGAGGAACAACAUAAAUAAAAACAACAACGCUUACUCGUACAAGCAUGGCGGAGGCAGCUGUCGCAACAGGAGCGUCGGUGUCGGUGCGGCGAAAGUAAUUGCAACAUGCCUCAUCUUAUGCGUUUCCAUGCAAAUGUGUUGCGGCUCCGCGAUACCGAUUUGGGAAUUUUUAACGCGUAAUGAAAAGAUGUCGUAUCUCUACUCCACAUUCGGUCAGUUGGUUAGCGUACAUUGCAAAGCCACCGCGGCCACUUCGUCGUUGCCAGUGAACCAGUGUAAGCGCGAUUUACUCGCCUAUGGCUACGAGAAGUUGCAGACGUUCUCUGACUCGCAAUUAGACCAGUUGGAUCCAUACCAACGAGACGCCAAUGAACUUAUUUGGUCUUCUAUUAUGCGCGAGCACCCCAGUUCAACAUUAAUCACUACGCGGAAACCCCUGCCUACGCCACCUGACUCCUCCAUUAUCAUCCUAACACAUCAGAAUCCAGCUAAUACAGCCCCUUCCACCUCCGCACACAAUCAAAAUCCGCUCUUCAAUAGCGAUAUCGACCAUAAGCACAAAUUCGCCAUGGACAUGGACAUUGCCUUUGGUUACCCCAAUUCUCAGUCAGACAAUCAAAAGCCUUACACAGAAACUUUUCUCAGCGGUCCAUUAGUUUUUCGCGUUCGCCCCGACGGCACUCCAGUCGAGGAGGACCAACAUAAACCACUGCCACACGAUGAUGAUUUGGAGGCAUAUCAAUUAAGUAGCGCUGCAGCUGGUAGUGGUGCUACCACAGCCACCACUAGUGCCGUCAUGGGCGCGUCAGCAGUCAGUGACCAGCCGAAACAUCGUAAAAUUGCCAUGAUCAGUGAUCUGAAGCAGCAGCAUUUGGCCUCAUUGGCAUUACAACGAGAUCUGCAGCCACCCUAUCAGCAACCGCGCGUUCGUCGACAGCAGCAACAGCAACCACAACAGCGGCAAGUCGUACCCAUAGCAAGUCGCACAAUUCCAUUUGGCGGUUACUACUAUGCCAAGAGCCAAGUGUAAAAGCUAUUACUACGCCUCCAUAAAGGAUAAAGUAAAAGUGACCAAUUAACUUCGAUUAUAGCAUUCAAAUCCGUGCAAGGAGAUAACUUUUUAUACAAAAAAUGUAUAAUUUUAGAAUUUAGUGCUUAAGGCGCUCGGCAGAGAUUUAGAAAAACCCCAUCAAGAGCGGGCAUUUGGGAUUAAAAGAAAAGUGUUUGAGCCUCUUACGGGACGUAAGAGAUUUCUGCCUUCAAAUGAAAUUAUGUACGAGUAUAUUUGAAAGUUUUGUGUUUUAAAUUCUAUAAUAUAAAACACUCAUUUAUCAUCCUUUGCAUAAACGUUUUUGCUACAUUAUAUGUAUGUAUGAAGAUGUAGGUUUUUAGUAUACUUUAGCAUAGAUAGUAAAAGAGCUGGUGCGUUUCUGACUGUGUUUGUGUUUGUUUUGUAUUUGUAUGCAUGAAUGUGAAAACUAGUAAUUUAAAAUAAAAAACCUUAGGUUUAUUGUAAACUUUAGUCUUAGGUCAAACUUCUUUUUCACGCACAUAUUGUUCGAUUAUAAAGUUUCGUGCAUCCGCGGACCCAAUUUUGCAAAUGUACUUUAUAAAAUUUUUAUGUAAUUGUAUUUUAAUGAUUCAUUAUUUAUUGUAUAUGUAACCUAUACCAAUUAGAUUAUAUUUGUAUUGAAAAAUAAAAGAGUUAUUUUGUAUAAAAUAAAAAUAA